AUGUCAGCGAUGGGGCUCGACAGGAAUCGGAUGAUCUCUUCCUUCCAGGAGAUCACAGGCUGGCAGAACGUUGAGCAGUGUGUCAACUGCUUGGAGGUUCAUGGCUGGGAUCUCGACCACGCGGUCCAGACAGCUCUUGCUGCGCAUGAGGAUGAGCGAGACUCGACCCAGCGUGUCGAGACAGCGACGGAAAGACGGGGAGGGGAAGAGGUGGGAAGCAGAGGCCAAGCGCGGCGAGGACUCUUGGGCUUCCUUUCUUCUGUCUUCGGGACUGGGAACAGGAACGUGGCUGAGAGGAGGAUCGAGACCGAGGCUCAGAAAUUCAUCGACAGAUUCAACUUGGAGCAUGGAGAUGUGCAUCCAACAGCUCAAACGGGAAGCUUUAGGGAGGCGGUGGACGCGGCAAAGCGAGAGUUCAAGUUUCUUGUGGUCUACCUGCACGCCCCCUACCACCAGGACACUCCUGAGUUCCUGCGAGACACCUUGUGCACACAGGUCCUCAAGGACUUCAUGGAUGACAACUUCCUCUUCUGGAUGGGCAGUCUCGUCGACUCCGAGGCGUUCAACGUGAGCAUGCUGCUGCGAGCCUCGGGCUUCCCCUACGUCGCUGUCAUCACAACCACAAUCGACAACCAGACCACCGUCUGCGACGCGCAUGAGGGUUUGGUCAGCCGCGAGGCUCUCAUGAACUGGCUGAUGAACAUCAUGGAGACCCAGGGGCCUCAGCUCGUCGCUCAGCGAGCGGAAGCUGAGGAGCGAGCGAUGGACCGGCGCAUCCGGGAGGAGCAAGACCUCGCCUUCCAGCAGUCACUUCUAGAGGACCAGCUGCGCGAGCGAGAGGCGGAGGAGCAAAGAAAGGUAUCGUCGCCUUGUGUGAGUAUCCGGCUGAGCAGGUGGAAGCGCGAAGAGGAGGAGCGAGAGAGAGCGUUGAGGGAGCAGCAGCAGGCAGAAGCCGCGGCGAGGAGAGCUGAAGAGGAAGCUGCGAGAAACGAAGUGGAACGAUUGAGGAGGAAAGAAGAAAAGAAGGAGCUGUUCAUGGGGCCGGAGCCGACCGGGGAAGGGACGUCUCUUAUUGCUAUCAAGCUGCCCGACGGCUCGCGCCUUCAGCGCAGGUUUUGUUAUACCGACAAGGUUCAGGCGAUCUACGACUUCCUUGAUGCCUUCGCCGACAUCGAGUUCGACCACUUCGACGUGGCGACCAACAUGCCCAAAGUGAUCUACAGCGACCGCAGCCUCUCCAUCGAGGAUGCUGGUCUCAAGCCGCAGGCGCUCCUCUUCGUGCAGGAGAGCCUCUGA